AUGUCGGACAAGAUUGGCAUGGCGAGAUGGUUUGGCUGGGUGGACGCCAUGAACGCGUACUUGAAGGACUGGCACACUCGGCUCCUGACAUAUUUGUUCGUGUGCAUCAGCUUGGGGGUCCUCGGAGAGGCCAAUCAAAAAGCGUUGGCACCUACGGCGGACAUGAAGCCCUUCGGUCUCGAGGACGUCGGCAAGGCUACAACUGCGGAGGAGUCUGAUGCGCUGAAGAAGCUGCGGCGGGCAUGCACAAAUACCAUGCAUCUCGCCGUCGUUUGUUUGUCAGACCGGAGUUUGUGGGAAAUGUGCAGCAUCAUUGUCUACGUGUGCGAGCCUGUGCGGGCCUGGCGCACCGAGCAGUCCACGAAUUUGCGAUCCAGCUCAGAGUGCUGCCGAUGGUAUCAGGAGCAGGCCGCGGGCAAGGGUUUCCAUGCCCUCACCGCUCUGGUUGCGCGGCUUGCGGAUCCGGACGGGCUGCGCCACGUUGGUUUCGGGUCGCCACCGGCCGCGUCGGAAGCCGAUCUCCACGCGCUGCACCCGCACGUUUUGAACGAAGACAAGCUGGCCGAGAGCGCCGGCGUCCUGACCAUGAGUCUGCUGUCUCGGCGUCUGGCAAGCCACAUGGCGUACACGCGCGGGCUCCCUGGAGCUUUCGCCGGCCUCUUGGACCCAACUGCGCGCCCUCGGAUCCCUGCUUGGUUCCAGGAGGUGCACGCGGCCUGGCAGCGGGCAGGAAGUCCAGACAGCCAAGUCGUGGAAGAAGUUCAUUGCCCGCUCCCCCUUCAGACUUGUCGUCGUUGA